AGACUAAUCAGGAUCCAGCCACCGAAAGAAAACGAGAGUUAAGAAAGUCGGGACUGAACGAAUCCAGGCUCCGUUAGCUUGCAGCUCCUGAAAAAACAUAAUUAGAGAAGAGAACAUUCGUCGUUUGUAAUCUAAGUCUGUAAGAAGAGAAAUAGUUUAGGAGUAAAAACGGUCAUGCCGCUAGUGUGAACUGUCUGGGGGUUUAAACUUCCACAGCGAUGGCAGUUUUAGCAGAUGUGAAGCACGGAACUGGACAAGUUGCGUCUGAAGGAAGGGCAUCUUGGCCCGUUUUUCUGCUGACACUGGCUGCUGUCACCUCGUCUUCUUUGUCAGCUCUCUCAUUGUACCAGUUAGUGGAUCUGCGAGCUGAAGUAGAGAGGCUUAAGACAGACAUCAGCCGCAUGAGAGAAGAGGGCCAAAAGGUCACCCGCAGAGAUCAGACUGAAAACAACAAAGGAAGAGAAAAUAUCAAAGAGCUUUGGGAUUUACCAGAGUCUCAAAAAGCUUUCAGUCAAAUAAGAAGGAGGAGAACAACAUCUGGAUCAGAGAUCGCAGGUUCUGUCUCCUGCCUGCAGCUUUUGGCAAACAACAGCAGAAAACCCUUCAGGAAAGAACUUUCCUCGGGUCCGUACACAGGUAUCCCCUGGCAAACUGGGCUGAGGAGAGGUUCAUCCUUGGAGACAGAUGGAGAUCGCAUUGUAGUCAACGAGGCUGGUUUCUACUUCGUCUACAGUCAGGUCUACUACAUGGACAGCACCUUUACAAUGGGGCACGUGGUGAUACGAUGGAAGAGGCAUGUUGUGGGAAAUGAGGAUCAGGAUGUGCAUUUGUUCCGCUGCAUCCAAAGCAUGAACCCUGAUUACUCUUUCAACACUUGCUACACUGGAGGUAUUGUAAAGCUGGAGAAGGGAGACUACUUGGAGCUUUUGAUCCCCCGGUCCAUGGCCAACAUUUCCAUGGAAGGAGACUCUACCUUUCUGGGUGCUUUUAAGCUUGCUUAAAAUGUGUCACCUUAUCCAAAUGAACAAAAGAUGAUAGGGGAUAAGUGCCAUGUAGUUGGAGGAAGGCAAGCAGUGCAGCAGAGCAGUUAUGGUAACUUGUUGAACAAAACAUACAGCAAUCAGCCACUUCUGCCCUGGCAGAAACACAUAUUGCAUGUUUCCAGUGAUGAACAGUCAGAUCUCAUAUGAAACAGACAAUAUGUUGAGGCUUUUAAUAUUUACAAUGUGCACUUAUGUUACUGUUCAAGUCAAAACAUUCAGAUCAAUGUGUUUUCUUUAUAUAACCCCACACUUAGCAAUCACAUCUUGAGGCUCAUUUUUCAACUUUAAAGCUUUAAAAAUGCUUCAUAUCACUUAACAUGUUAAGCAGGAUUACUGUGUCACAAAGCAUCUUAUUUUAUUUUUUUUCAAAUGCAGGUUUUUCACUGUGAUGCUCUCAUUUGAACAAGCCUUUACAUAUUUAGCUGAUGUAAGAAGUUUGAUGUAAUAAAAUGCAAAUGUGUGCAAA